ACCAUUCUGGCCUCAAAUUCUGCCUGCCCUGCCUGCCUGUCAACCGCCCAUCCGGCUUCGAGAAACCACCUGUCCUUUCCAUAGAACAUCAGCAAGGGUUCGGUGACUACUUUUGUUGUUGCACCGCUUUCAAUCCCCCUCUUCCGCUUCCCACUAGCUGACCGGUACCAACGGCCUCUACCUACUCUCUCAUCAUGGCGGCGGCUGCGGCUCUUCCAACCUUCCCCAGACUAGUCUUCACCGUCUUCGAGCCCAUCUCACUUGUCGGCGGUUUCCUAGGUGCCGUUAUCAACCCGGAUUGGUUCAUAUCCGAGCAGAUCGCGCACGGCGCCAUCUCGGCCGCCGUGCCGACUCCAGAAUCUGAUAAUGCCCGUCUCGUGGCCCUCCAGCUCGGGAACAUCUACCUGCUCAUGGCCAUGGUCGGGCUAGCCGUGCUCAACCUCACCAGUGAGCUGAAAGUCGUGCGCGGGUACCUCGUUGCUCUUUGGAUAGCCGACCUUGGUCACAUUUACGUAUGCUACCAUGUUAUGGGCCUCGAUCGCUUCCUUGACGUGGCAAGCUGGAACUCCAUGGCCUGGGGCAACGUGGGAGUCACGGCCCUUCUCUGUCUGACCAGAACGGCAUACCUAUUGGGCCUCUUCGGAAAGGAUGCUCCUCUCAAACAGUUGGAAAAGAAGCAGCAAUGAUGCGAUCUGGACCCAGUACCCCCCUCUCCAGCCAGUCUUGAGCCUCUGCAAUAACCGUAGCUACAAUUGAUGGUCUCAGCUCGAGUCUGCUGGAAUAGAUUAUGCUGACUUCAUGUGAAAAUAACGCUUUCCUGCCUUACGUUGUUUUUCUUGCGCUCACAGCCUUGAAGACAUGAGAUUCAAAUCAACAGAAGC